CUGCUGUAAGGAAUUAAGAGAUAUUCCCCCGCAGAAAGCACACAGAUAUUUACAAGACCGCCUCACGCCGUAGUCAUCGUCUUCAGGCCAGCCCGACCGACCGACGGACGAGAUCCGAGAUGAGGCGUCUUCUGCCAUGUGUGGUGCUCUGCGCCUUUAUUUCCCUGUGCCUCUGCUAUGAGUCUCAUGAAAGCACAGAAUCCAUCGAAGACUUGUUUGUGAGUCCAAAUCAAGCCAACUCCUUCAUUCCACCUCAGAGAGGCAACGCCAACAAUAAUCCCCCUCGUGGUGACACCUACAACAGCUACAUCUUCAGAAGGAAGGUGAAGUCUCCAGCGGAGAUGCGUACAGAGAUCUGUGAGGAGUACUCCCCCUGCCGCUUCUAUGCUUUUCACUUCGGCUAUCAGCAGGCCUACCGGAGAUACUUUGGCACCCAGAAUACGGCCCAGAAUCCGGUUCAAACUCCUGUUCAGAAUCCCGCUGGAACCCAUCGAUUCUAAACAAACGGGCCGGUGGCACAAUAGUUUUUCUAUCUGCAUGCUGUGACUAAGCACUUGUUCCCUGCUCAUACUAUGACUUUUUCUAUUGUGUAUGCUGUUGCUCGAUUGGGCUCGUCUGUACGAUUGCACAGCACGACAAUUCAAGAGAAAACAUGAUGGCACAGUGUACGGCCGCAGGUUUGAAACAUCCUGACAUGUACUGUAUAUAAACAAAGUAAAGAUAGAGCACAUUGUGUACUAAGUUCACAUAAAAUUUGUAAUAUUCUUUAAACCCAUUUCAUACACAAAGGAGUUCAUGGCUCUUUUUUUUGUUUUUGUUUUUUGGUGCAAUCUCAGGAUUACUGUUAUCCACUACUGUCAUACCUCCCCAAUGCAUAAAUGUUUUACAUGCUCUGUGUGAAUGAAGAUGACUGUUUCCUCACUACUUGACCGUUUGUUAUCUCAUUCACUCUUCUAUCCAACUUCACACUCUUUUCAGUGUCUCUGAAAGAGAAGAAAACAGGAUUUUUGUUGAGUUUUUCAUCUUCAUCCCGUUUAAGACAUUUGCUCACCGCUGAGGAGUGUUCAUCAGUAGUUCUGGGUUCCAGUCCAGUCAGAGUUGUGUUUAUAACUGAAUGCCAGCUGGUUUCAUGUGGGGCACACGCAGACGUCAUCGUGAUGACAUUGGCGCUGCUCGUGUGGGUUCAGUGAACUGCCAGCGGUGGCAUGGCACAGUUAAAGAAACACAAUAAACUUGUUUCGUUGCACCUGCCAAAAAAAGGAUCCAUGUCAAGUAGUUCUGUAGACUAACAAGUUGAAUAAAUGUAAUGUCCUUGUUUUGUUUAUUUCCCCUGCAGGGUGUAAUGUGGGCUCUUGUAAGUGACAGGGCAAAUAGUUUAAAGGGAUUUCAGAACAGACAGGGGUUUGAAUAACGGGAAAUGAGUGAUUUUCUGACAGCAUUGCUCCCCACCACAACUAAAGAGACCACCGGAGGGCGUCCGGGUAAUGUAGCGGUCUAUUCUGUUGCCUACCAACAUGGGGAUCGCCUGUUCGAAUCCCCGUGUUACCUCCGGCUUGGUCGGGCGUCCCUUCAGACACAAUUGGCCGUGUCUGCGGAUGGGAAGCCGGAUGUGGGUAUGUGUCCUGGUCGCUGCACUAGCGCCUCCUCUGGUUGGUCAGGGCGCCUAUUCGGGGAGGAGGGGGAACUGGGGGGAAUAGUGUGAUCCUCCCACGCACUACGUCCUCUUGGCGAAACUCCUCACUGUCAGGUGAAAAGAAGCAGCUGGCGACUCCACAUGUAUCGGAGGAGGCACGUGGUAGUCUGCAGCCCUCCCCGGAUCGGCAGAAGGGGUGGAGCAGCGACCAGGACGGCUCGGAAGAGUGGGGUAAUUGGCCAAGUACAAUUGGGGAGAAAGGGGGGGGGGUCUUCCCCCUGUUCUCUUGAGCCUAUUCCCACAAAACUGUUUAAAUGUGUCUUCACCUGCCUAUCAGCUGACCUUCUGCAUCUCAUUAACGCCUCCCUAAAGUCUGGUGUUUUCCCCGCUUCUCUCAAGCGUGCUGUUGUUACCCCAUUAAUGAAAAAGAGUAAUCUCAACCCAUCCAUGACUAGCAAUUAUAGACCAAUCUCCAACCUUCCUAUCAUGAGUAAAAUCCUUGGAAAGGUUGUCUGCAAACGGCAUAGUUACCUAACCGUCCACAACCUGUAGGAAGUGUACCAGUUAGGUUUUAGAGAGAAUCAUAGCACUGAAACACUCAAAGUAGUCAAUGAUUUUAAAAUCAGCAGCGAUUCACACUUUUUAUUCUAGUACUGUUAGACCUGACUGCCACUUUCGACACUGUUGAUCAUGACGUUCUAC